AUGGAAAGUGCAGGAAUAAUAACGAAUCCCAUUUUAGAACUCUCAAAGGACUAUGAUUUAGCUUUCAAAAACAUUGAGCAGGACAAUAUUUCAAGACUUCUUAAUUACAAAUCUGAGUAUUUGUCAAACAUUAACACUUUGCUACGUGACUCUACUUCCAGAAAUGAAGAGGAAUCUGAAAAAUCAGACCUGGUUGUUUCCGUUGAAAACGAGGGUCUUGAAUUGUUGAAGGAGUUGGUUAAUCCUCGCUAUUUGGAUAAUAUCCUUGAGCAGUAUCACCUGUACUUUUCCAACGUCAAGUUCACUUAUUUGGAACAAAGCACGAAAGAAAAGUUUCUCAGAAAUAUCGUGAAUUCGAAGUUCAUCACUGUCAAAGAGCUUGAAACUAUGAAAUUCAAUACCGCAAACAGCAAGAAAAAGCUCUGGGAGAAAAAACAAAAGAGAGAUGAAUUAUUGGUAAAAAUCAAUGAGGUAUUGUGGUCAAAUUAUUCUAAAUUCGAAGAUAUUAAAGAGUUGCAAGAAAAAUCAAAGAGUUCCAUAAAGCAAUCCAUGGAAUUGUUGAAGAAAAUCGACGCGUUAGAAAAAGAAAACUUGGAUCAUUACGAAUCCAAAUCUAAUCAUUUUGAAGAUGACGAGCGGGUGAUUGAUUGUUUGCACUCCAUUAAUGACUACGAUGACCUAAUACAGGACUCAAAGGAAGAUUCUUUAGUUUUCCAAGAGAGACAACGAAAGUCAAUUGAUUCUGCCUUGAAAGGUAAUGUUUCUGCAGAUAGUAGCAUUGUUUCUAAUUUUGGUGAUUAUUUAUUGGUUAACUCUUCCAAGAAUUUGGAGGCACUAAUAAAGAAACGAAAAUUGAACAUCGAAAACCUUCAAAAGGAACAAGAGAUCGUUAAAAAGAAAAUCAAGGCAAGUACAAAGGAACUUGAGAGCCAUCACUCGAAAUUCCAGGCCCUUGCUCAAGAAAAUGAUAAAUUGAAGCAGUCGACCAAGGAAAAUCAUAUAAAAAAUGAGCUAUUAAUGCAAAAAAGGAAGGAUCAGGGAGAUGAAAUGACACUCAACUAUAUAAAAGGCUUUGCUAGUUGGGCAGCUGAGCUACUGGUGCUAUUGAAGACGCUUGAAGACGCAAGCCUGAAAAUGACUAAUAAUGAGAAUGAAGUAGAGAAUCACACUUGCCAAAUCUACAACAUUGCCUUAGUAAAGGAGCAUGUGAAAUACUUAAUUAGAUUUGAGAAAACCGGUAACUCAUGUUACACUAUUUUGCAAGUCAAACUCAGUGGUACCGAGUCUGAUCCUUUGAUGAAUGAGGAAAACGAAAAAUUGGAAGCAACGCUUACCAAGACGAAGCCUUCGUUCAAAAAUAUUGUUGAUAUGUGCGAAUGGCUUUCCAGUAACUCUAUCUAA